GCCCCUCCGACUUGCGACGUGAGCAUCCAGCCCCGAGAGCGCAACGCGCCUGAAGAUCUCGAGACUAGGCAUGACUCCAAGGCACCCUUCAGGCCAGCUGCUGGGUAUCGAAAUGGCCUUCGACAUUGUCGACCCGACGCCGGAACAGGCCCCGGCCGUUUCCACUGUCCACCUCCAGGCCAUGACGAACAACGCCCUCACGCAAGCGCAAUUCCCUGGCGAAGCUGCUGCCAAGUACUUCCACAGAUGGCUCGCCCGGAACACACUUCAGCACGUCCGUGACGCGAACAAAGGCACGCUCGUAGCCCGAGUCUCGGAAACCGGCGAGGUGGCCGGCUUCAUCAAGUGGCUGGUGCACGAAGCCGGCAGCAACGAGGCUGCUGCCAAAGACCUCGAAUCGUUUUCAAAACCGUCCAACACUGAGCUUAUGGACUCGUACGGUGAACUGACGGAACGAGCCAGAAGGGAGGCGAUGGGCGCGAAACCGUACUACCACGUAACAUUUCUCUGUACCGAUCCGAAAUGGGCUGGGUGUGGUAUUGCCUCGGCUUUGCUGGGGCACGUUCUGGAGCGUGCAGAGGCUGAUGGCAUGAGCGUCAUUCUCGAGGCCACUAUGGAGGCCGUGCGCCUCUAUCAGAAGUUCGGGUUCAAGAUCGUUCGCGAGUUCCACCUCAAGCUGCCGUGCCGAGGCUCUUCCGACCUUUCAGAACCGUACGAAGAGCGAUGCAUGGUGUGGUCGCCCUCCUCGACGUGCAACGGCGUGUGAAAGAGCGGCAUCAUGAUUUCCCGUCGGCUACCAUCGGCCUGAAGGCAGCGGCACACGGGGCCCGUUGAGCCUAUGCGCACGGCGUAUGCCUUUGUUUUGCUGAGACUGCGGCGUUCAUCAAGACUGCCGUGUCCAGGCUUACAACACCAAGCGUGGACGUGUAGCGGCGGUCGCUCGCCCCAUAGAAUACCCUCACGUGGCGCGGUGCCCGAUGCGGGAAGGGCGCAUGCGAUGCGUUGCUGUACUGAGUUUGACGUAGCAAUCAAUGACCAAUUUUCGCCUGC